AUGUAGCAGAAUCCAUCUUAAUUUGAUUUAUAGAAGUUCCAAUAAAACUAUUAAUUUAACAAUAAAGAAAUAAUUGGAAAAGGCUUUGAUUCUAUUGUUUAUAAGGUCAUAAAAAAAUAAGAUGGAAGUUUAUAUGCAUUAAAACUAACAAGUUUUAAGGACUUAUAACACAAAUUUAAUUUUUAACAAGAAAUAAGACUCUUAUAUCAUUUAGAUCAUGAUCAUAUAGUAAAAUUCUAUGGAAAUAGUUUGGAUGGUAGUUGUAUAUUGAUAGAAUAUAUGCCUUAUGGACAUCUUGCAAAAUUGAUUGAUAUUGGAUUAGAUUUACGAAUAAUAAAAUCAAUAGUAAAUUAAGUUAUGAAUGCUAUACAAUAUUUACAUUCAAGAAAUGUAGUACAUGGUGAUAUUAAACCAGAAAAUGCAUUAAUUUCUAAGGAUUUUGUUAUCAAAAUUUGUGAUUUUGGAUUUGCCAUUAUUGCUAAUUAACCUAAUACUAAAUUAAGAGGUGGUAGUGAAGGUUAUACAGCACCUGAAUUACUAAUAAAUGAAAAUUAUGAUCCUAAAAAAUGUGAUAUGUUUUCUUUGGGAGUCCUCUUUUUUGUUUUAUAUAUGGGUUAUCGACCAUUUUUAAGUACACAUCCAUAGAAAUAAGAUAAAUUUUGGAAUUUUAUCAAAAAUAAAGAAUGGGAUAAAUUCUGGAAAAUAUUCGAUCCUAAAAAAUAAGAUGUUGGAUUUAAGAAUUAUAUAUAGAAAUUAUUAUGUGCUGAUCCUAAUGAGAGAUAUACAAUUGAAGAAGCUUUAUAAGAUAAUUGGUUUAAAAGCAAUCAAUAUACAGUAAAAGAAUUAGCACAAUAACUAAGAAUGCUUUUAAUUAAAUAGUGA